AUGGCUCAGAACGGGUACGGAGCUGCACCAGUCGCUGGACACAUCGGCAGAAUUCCCAACUACGGAAAAACUCAAGUCAAUCCAAUGGGCUCGCAAGAGCCACCUGCAUGUAUUCAGAAUGCCAUGAUGACAAAAGACAAGAAGCCUUUUACUUACACACCUGGAGGUCUCGACCUGUCACAGAUUCGUACACCAAGUAUGGCACGUAGGUUGGCUCGCCAGCGUUCAUGGGAAGAACAAGAACAGCCACAAUACGCACAACAACCUAGCAAUGGUGGAUAUCAUCCCCAAGGAGGACCAGUACCUCCUCCACCGCCGCCUCCAAAAAUGCCCGUUCCUCCACCUCCUCCUCCUCCAAUAGUUAUUCAAAUUCCCGAAUCAAAAUCUCCUAAACCAAUUGCACUAGGUGAACGACCAGAAAUCAUUAUUCCUGAAAAUCCAAUAGGAAUGUUGCGAAAAACUAACAGUCCUUAUCACUGGGAGGCAGAAAAAGCUGAGUUACAAAAGCUUGGACAAACACCCAAAUAUGUAGGAAAGGUUCCAAGUCCUUUGACAGUUAAAAUGCCUCCUUCCUCUUUUACUCAACAGCAGCCCCAGAGUUACAACCCACAGAACAACUUUACACGUUCUUAUAGCCACCAAAACCAGCCCGAAAGUCCCAUUCAUAGGCCUGAAGCUCAUUAUGCUCACCAAAAACCAUCAUCACCUCAAGGUUCACCACCGACAAGAGAAAUAUUGCAGCGACAAGAUUCCCAGUUCAAUAAAAGUCCUCAGCCUUAUGCUGGCCAAAAUCCAACUUUAAGGGCGUCUCCAUACUCACCUAGCCCAAACAACAACUGGAGACAACCAGAGAAAAGGGAUUCACCCGCGCAUAGUGUAACCAGCCCACAAUCACCACAAUACAAUAAUGGAACUUAUUCACCAAAAGCACAACAAUAUUCCCCCAACAACCAACAGUUUUCACCUAAUAACACCCAAUAUUCACCUAUCAUUCAAAGCCAAAGUCCUCUUGCCAAUUCCAGUGCUGUUUUCCAUACUCUACCUCGCGUAGGUCAGAGAAACAUAGAAAAUCAGAACAGUAAUACCACAUACAAUAAUACAAAACCAAGUCCUCCAACUGAAGCUAAUCCUGCACCUUGGAGAACAGCGACAUUAAACAGACAUCCUAGGGAACAAGAGAGUCAGCAACCUUUAUAUAAUAAUGUAAGUUCAAACCAAGAACAACCUUAUGUCCCCCCAUGGAAGGUCAACCAAACAAGUAACACAGUGACGAAUAAUGAAAAUCAAUACGUUCCUCCAUGGAAGCAGGAGAAUAAAGUCAAACAACAAUAUACUCCUCCAUGGGUUCAGCAAGAUUCUAAUAAUAAUAGAAUACAGGAUAAUAAUUCAACACCUUGGAGACAUCAGGAGCCACCAUCUUCUCCACCUAAAUCAAAUUCAAUCCAAGAGCAACCACGUUAUCAAUCGACGAUGUCUAUUCCUGUAACACCGAGAAAACAAAAUUCACAUCCAGAGUAUAACAACACACCUCAGAAAGAAGUAGUUUACGUAAAUGAAGAGCCCGUAUACUACUGCCCAGAAAGCCCUAAGUCUAUUCCUCCUUGGGUGAAAACACAGAAGGAAAAGACAAAAACUCCUCCUCCUGCAUGGGUCCAAAGACCACUCGAAUCAAGGCUAAGUCAAUCGCGAGAAUUGACUACUCCACCACGAGAUACUAAUCAAGAGCCCGAGUGGGUUAAAAAGAGCAAUGAGAUGCAAAGAAGUGUCCGCGAAGUUAUUAGUCCACCAAAAUACCAGCAACCAGUUCAACCCUCUUGGUCUACCAGGCCUUCCGAGAACCGCAAGAGCUUGCCAAGAGACAACGGUGCUGGUUCUCCAGCAAAAUCAUCCCCAACUGAGAAUCACAAUUGGCAUGAAUCAGAAUCAAAAUACUCAGGAUGGUCGUGUACCCUUCUCACCGCCGACUCAGCGGAUUAUGCGGGUAUUGUCGCCACAGCUGGUAAGGUUGGACGAUCCGAAGCCACAAACGGAUUUGCCGACUCUGAACAAAAAUUUCCAAGAGCAGCCAAAGACAAGGAUAAUACCGAUUCAAAUCGAAGGUGGAAAUGGUGGAGCGAACAAAAGCUUCGGUGGGCGGUACUAAAGGAGCUUCUGGUCCAAAUGUGUACUACCACAAGUUUACGCAAGAAGGACCACCGCGACAAUCCAAGGCCUUCAGGGUGCUGCAAAUCAUUACAGGCACAGAAGAUUCCGACGACAUCCAAGUAA